UCGCGAGAUCUGGGCCGUGAGGGGAGGAGGAAGAGGCGGCGGAGGAGGAAGGAGGAGCCGCCGCCGCCGCCGCUCCCCGGGCCGGCGCCGGGGAUGGUGUUGGCCGCGGCUGCCGGGCCCUGACGCCGCGCUCAGGAGGGAAGCAGCAGGGAUGCUAACUCUGGCAAGCAAGCUGAAGCGGGAUGACGGCGUCAGAGGCCCCCGUGCGCCCACCCCAGCGGCGGACUCCACCCGCAGGGUGUCUGUCCGGGACAAGCUGCUCGUUAAAGAGGUUGCAGACCUUGAAGCUAAUUUACCUUGUACAUGUAAAGUGAAUUUUCCUGACCCAAACAAGCUCCAUUACUUUCAGCUAACUGUAACCCCAGAUGAGGGCUAUUACCAAGGGGGCAAGUUUCAGUUUGAAACUGAAGUUCCUGAUGCCUACAAUAUGGUGCCUCCAAAGGUAAAAUGUUUGACAAGAAUCUGGCACCCAAACAUUACAGAGACAGGAGAAAUCUGCCUAAGUUUAUUGAGAGAACACUCAAUUGAUGGCACUGGCUGGGCCCCAACUAGAACCUUAAAGGAUAUUGUCUGGGGGUUAAACUCGUUAUUUACUGAUCUUUUGAAUUUUGACGAUCCUUUGAAUAUUGAGGCUGCAGAGCAUCAUUUGCGCGACAAGGAGGACUUUCGCAGUAAAGUGGAAGAUUACAUUAAGCGCUACGCGAGAUGAUGAAGGGGGAUGGAUGGCAGGACCACGGCUCCAGAGCUGUGCUGAGCCUCAACAGCAGCCAAAGCAGCCUGGCUUGUACCAGUCCUGUGUCCACGUUGUACUGAAGAGAAAACUAACUUCAUAACCUGUCCAUGUUCAAAGGAGAGUUCAGCAAGAAAUUGUGUCUGUUGGUUGAAAAAGUUGUCUGCUUCCUUUUACAAAUGUUUACUCUUCUGAACUGUACUGUAUAUCCUGUUGAUGAGAUAUGCUUGAGAAGUUAAAAGAAGUCACUCUUGAAAUUGUAAUUACACUUUUUUUUUAACUCUUGCCUGAUGUGGAGGGGGGGAAGGAAAAAAACAAACCCAAACAGCCCAAGCAGAAAAGGUGGUGUGUUUUUGGAGCACUUCAAGUUGGCAAUAAAUGGUCUCCUGUGAACCAAAUCACAAAACUGUUGCCUUUGAUGAGCAGAAAAAACAAUAUGAGCUUUUUCUGAGAGUCACUCAGCUGAGGCUUAGAGCUUGCCAGAGUGGAAAUGCAAAAUGAGAUUCUACUUCUGGUGUUGAAGUUCUCGAUGCUGUUUAAUGUAAGUAUGUUUUUGUCACAGUUUGGAAUUUUUACAUUAUUAAUUUCAGGCCCUCUUUGGGCUACAGGUUUAUUGGUUUUUUGUUUCUAUUCAUUGUGUGAAGUAAUUAAAAGAAAUACAGGCUAACAUGUAACUUAAGUAUGUUUAGUAUUAGUAAAAUGAUAUAUAUAUAUUA